AUGGCCACAAUCGACAUCAACCUCGCGACGCGCUUCCUCUUCGCGACGCAGAUCCACUUCUGCUGCAUGUAUGCUGUGUUCAUCUGGGACUGGAUUACCGGCAUUCUGUCGGAGUACAGACUCAUCUGGAAGACGAAGUGGACGCCCGUGAAAGCUUUGUACCUGUUCACGCGAUACUGGGUCAUCUGUAUCAUACCAUAUGUGCUCUGGUGUUAUACCGUAGACCACGAUCAGGAUACGUGCAACAAGAUCUUUCGCUCGCCUGUGGCGCUUGCGAUGUGGAACCAGGUCGGCUCAGAAGCGAUCUUGACCGUACGCACGUACGCCUUCUUCGGCCGCAACCUCUACGUCCUCGGCGUAUGCCUGUCGAUGCUGGGCGCUAUCAUCUCGUACCAGCUCUGGGCCCUGACCACAAAGAUGCUCCCGCUCCCAUUCUUAAACGGCGUCUCGGGCCCCUGCCUGCCGAUGGCGAUCCUCGGCCAAGCGCACCUCCUCGGCUUCUUCGUCGCGCCGCUCUGCUUCGACACGAUCAUCACCGUCGCGACGCUCUGGAAGGCGGUCGCGAUGCGCAGGGCGAACGGGCCGUCGAGCCAUAUUAUACAGGUGUUCUUGAAGAACGGCAUCUUUUACUUUUUGUUGAUUUCGGGCGCGAACUUGCUCAAUGGGAUCUUCUACUUCCAACCACACGCGGAGAUGUCGGCCAUCAUGAUUCCGCUGAGCAUCAUCCUCAGCCCCCUCCUCGCCUGCCGCCUGAUCCUCGACAUCCGCCAACGCGCAGCCGGCGGGUCCAACAACGCCUACACCUCCAGCGAAAAAGGGCCCGCGCUCCCCGUCCGCAUCCCGCGGCCCUUCAACGCCUCCCACACCACCUCCCGAAACGGUGGCUUCGAACUUCGCUCGCGGCCGAAUGAGUCUCACGUCGAAGCCGAGCAGGAGCAGGAGGAUCCAGAUUAUAAGGGCGUCGAUCCUACGGGCUCGUAUCACUCGGUCAGGCUGCCUAGUUCCAGCCCGUUGAACGGGAUCAGGGUCGAGGUGGCGAAGAAUGUUAGUGUUGAGUAUCGGUGA